AAGAAUAGGACGUUGAAAGUCUAGAUGUUAAAGACGGCAAGCCACGGUUAUAGACUCCGCCAUCAAGAUUGACUUCUCGAGAUUGGGUCCCUGCCCACCCUGACCGUUCGCUCCAUCGCACGGUCCACACCAUCUUCAGUGAACGGUACCUGUAUCGUCACUGAAUUACAGGCGAUGAUAGAAGUACCGCGCUUGCGACUUGGACUCAACACCAACAGCGCUUUGCCUCGCCCUAUCUACACUACAUAAGCCCCCACUUCCAACCUUGCUCCCAUCCACCUCAACUCAACGCAUCUCGUCGUUCCCUCUUUCUUGGUUAUAAAUCAAAUCCAUCGCUCACUGUUGUUUUGUAAUCCCGUGGCUGCUUAUUCCAUCAUUUCCUCUCCCUCAACCUCUUUAUCCUCUUAUACACUCUCCCCGCCGUUGCUUUUUUUCCGAACUCAACAAUCUCCCCGCGCCAUCUCCGAAAGUAUCGUCCCAUCGACCCUCAACAAGAAAUUAAACCUCGAACGACUUUUUGGAUCCGCACCUACGACCUUGUUUUUAUCUAUCGCAUAGAAGCGCAGCUUUUUUCUCCUUCUGUUCCGACGCUAAACUUUCCUCAAUUGUUUCAACUCGCGACGGCCUCAAUCGUUACAGGUCGCCUAGAAUGAACCUGAACAAGGCCGCUCGCGUCAUCCUCUUUGGUGCACCUGGCGUUGGUAAAGGGACCCAGAGCGAGCGAUUGCUCGCUCGCUUUCCUCAGCUCAAUCAGAUCAGUACUGGUGAUCUCUUGCGUCGGAAUGUCAAGGAGAGGACACCCCUCGGCAUCAAGGUCGAGAAUACGAUGAAGUCGGGUGGUCUUGUUGCUGAUGACCUUAUUCUGCGACUUAUUUCCAACGAAUUCUUCACUCGAGGCUGGCUUGCGAAGAAUGGUGGUCCGAACGUCAUGACUCUUUCUUCUGAAGCGACGGCGAUGGAGGCUUCUUUCAAUAGCGCUGCUUCUGAUCCGUUCAUCAACGCUCCGUUCCUCGACGGCCACCGUCCUUCCAAGGCCUCCAACGACCCAUCCGCUUCGUUCAUUCUCGAUGGUUUCCCUCGAACAGCUUCCCAAGUCGGCCCUCUCGACAAGCUUAUCCCGAUCAAUCUCGUAGUCUCGCUCAAGACCCCCGUAUCUGUUAUUCUCGAGCGAAUCCUCGGACGUUGGGUCCACGAGCCUUCGGGCCGAGUCUACAACACCAGCUUCAAUGCGCCUCGAGUCCCCGGAAUCGACGACGUCACCGGCGAGCGAUUAAUCCAGCGCCCCGAUGAUUCCGAGGAAGUUUACAGAGCACGAUACAAGAAGUUCCAAGAGACCAGCGAGCCUGUCCUGAACCACUACGCCCAGAAGGGCGUCCUUGUCGAGAUUGAGGGCAUGAGCAGCGAUGAAAUCACCCCAAAGCUAUUUGCAGAGUUCGAGAAGCGCUUCGUCCAUUGAAGGAAAUACCCUAUGGUUUCAAGACGUUUAUGUUAUUACUAGUAUAUGACUUUUUCUUUCCAUUCGCUACGGUUUAGCUUUUGUAUUUUGUUAUUAUAGGAGUUUUAUUCUCGCGGCUUGGGAUGCUGCUGAUGGGAGUUGCAAAAGACAGGACUGGAAAGAUUCCUUGUCAGAUGGCGCGAACUGUUGGGAGCUGCUCGUUGGUUGUCCUUGGAGGACAUGGUGGCGAUGGUGGAAAGGGAUGGGAUUGUCUCAACACAACUGCACCGGUUUUGAGCGCAGGAAUGGGCAUGGUUAUUGCCUGAAUGAUAUCCACACAUCGACCCCUUCUUUGAUUCAAAUCGCAAAUGUGACAUGCACGACCUUAGAGUGAUCGAAUUACAAUUCAUGUCGACUUGAGAUUGACAUUGUGAGAAUUCCGCUAUAUGUACAUAAAUUUGACCCAUGAAUACCCCUAGAAACACUGCUAGCGCAUCGUGGCCAGAAUAACUCUCCCUCUCUUCUAACGCAGUUCCAUGCAACGCGUCACAUCAAACAUCGCACUAAAAUGGCAAUGCAGUAGCCCUUUCAAGAUAUUCCAAAUAAACAAUCCGUCAUACUCCGUCCGAGUUCAUACUCGCGUUCGUAAAAGUGAUGUAAGCUGUAGUUUGGCGUGGAAGCUUGGUACCUUAGUCGCGCCAACCCUCGCCGCCUUGAAGACCGCUGGGCUGGCCUUCUGUUUGUCCAGGUCGCAGUGGUGUUUGCUCAUCGUCGUCAUCGUCGAGUGCUCGCGCAAGCUCAUCGGGGUCUUGCAUCUUGGCGUCAGGGUCGACUGGGCCACCGAACUCGUCCUGGUCACGGUUGUGUCGGUCCUGCUCGAGAACGCCGUCAUCGGCACUGACUGAGAUACCGCGGGCUCCCCACUUGGGACGAGCUCCUCGUCGGCCACCUUGCUCAUCUUCAAAUCCACCAGGGCCACUCUCCUCGUCAUCAUCGUUGUUCUCGAAGCGCUUUCCGAAGAUUCGGCGGAGGAGCCAUCCGCGGGACAUAUCAUCGGCGUCGACAAUGCCGCCACCGCGAAGCUUGACGCGCUGGCGGGUGUAGUAAACCCAAGCAAAGUCGAUGUAUAGGGCAGUCUGGAUGAUGCCGAAGAUGACGGAGACGGUAUUGGGCUUCUUGCCGGAGAUCUCGAAUUCGCGGAUGAACCAGUUGACGCAGUAGAGGGCGCGGUAGGAGCCGAGAGCGACGAGGUAGAAGGAGUCGAUAACGGUGGGGACGGUUGUUUGUCGAAGGAGGAGAAGCUGGGGGAGAACGCAGACGGACUCGAGGAUCUGGGAGAACACCCACAUCCACUAGAAGCUGUUAGUGAUGGUGAGGUUAUUAGGCAACAGUAACAUACAGGUCGGAAACCCUUGUGGCUCU